CCCCCCUCCUCUCUCUCCGACAGUAACGGCACAGCCGGGAAGAUGAACGGGGCGCUGGAGCAUUCGGACCAGCCGGACCCGGACGCCAUCAAGAUGUUCGUGGGUCAGAUCCCGCGCUCCUGGUCAGAGAAGGAGCUGAAGGAGCUGUUUGAGCCGUACGGAGCCGUGUACCAGAUCAACAUCCUCCGGGACCGCAGCCAGAACCCCCCCCAGAGCAAAGGCUGCUGUUUUGUCACGUUUUACACAAGGAAAGCUGCCCUUGAAGCCCAGAAUGCACUGCACAACAUAAAGACCUUAACAGGGGUGAGUGCGUGUCCUGGAUUCUUCCUCCGCCUGCUUUCUCCUCUAAUCACACGCUUACAGCGGCGCCCCGAGGCGGCCCCGCCCCCACCUGUGCGCGGGGAGAACAUCAGCGGGAUGCUCUGCUGCCAUGCUGCAUUUGCAUGAAGCGGAGAGUCCAUG